AUGUCUGGAAUGAAAUCUGUCGCUUAUUUUGUCAACUGGGCAAUCUACGGCCGCAACUACAACCCCCAAGAUCUCCCUGCGGAGAAAUUGACCCAUGUCCUGUACUCGUUCGCCAAUGUCCGCCCGGAAAGCGGCGAGGUCUAUCUGACCGACUCUUGGUCCGACGUGGAAAAGCAUUAUCCCACGGACUCGUGGAAUGACGUCGGCAACAACGUCUACGGCUGUGCCAAGCAGCUAGGCCUGCUCAAGAAGCAGAACCGCAAGCUGAAAGUCCUGCUGUCAAUUGGUGGAUGGACUUACUCGGCCAAUUUCCCGCAACCCGCGAGUUCGGACGCAGGACGGACCAAGUUUGCCGAGUCGGCCACGAAGCUGGUUCUUGACCUUGGAUUUGAUGGUCUUGAUAUUGAUUGGGAAUAUCCCCAGAAUGAUACCGAGGCGGAGAACAUGGUUCUCUUACUGCAGAAGUGUCGUGAAGUCCUCGACAACGCAGCCGGAUCUGACCGCAAGUUCUACUUGACGAUCGCCUGUCCAGCCGGCGCAAGCAACUACACCAAACUCCGCUUCCAGGAAAUGACCCCCGUUCUGGACUUCUACAACCUAAUGGCCUACGACUACGCCGGCAGCUGGGACACCAACGCCGGCCACCAAGCCAACAUUUCCCCCUCCACCAGCAACCCUGCAAGCACCCCCUUCUCGACCGAUGCCGCCCUGGACUACUACAUCAACACCGGCGGCGUCCCAGCCUCCAAGAUCGUCCUCGGCAUGCCUCUAUACGGCCGCGCCUUCACGAACACCGACGGGCCGGGUGCGCCCUUCUCGGGCGUCGGCGAAGGCAGCUGGGAGAAUGGCGUGUGGGAUUACAAGGCUCUGCCGAGAGCCGGCGCACAGGAACAGUUUGAUGCGGAGGCUGGUGCAUCGUGGAGCUAUGAUGGUGCGGCGAGGACGAUGAUUUCGUAUGAUAAUCCGCAGAUGGCGCAGGUCAAGGCGGAUUAUAUUAAGCAGCGGGGGCUUGGGGGUGGCAUGUGGUGGGAGAGUAGUGGGGACAAGGGCGGAAAGGAUGCGAAUCCGGACGACGGGAGCUUGAUUGGGAUUUUUGUUGAUGGGGUUGGUGGUGUUGAUGGGUUGGAUCAGGCUCCGAAUGCGCUGAGUUUCCCGGAGAGUCAGUAUGACAAUGUCAAGAGUGGAUUUGAGGGUGAGGGGCAGUAG